AUGUCGUCUACAUCUACAGUACCGAGCACGCCAACAAGCUCGCCCACUCCUUCACCAACUGGUCAGAAUAAUGGCGGACCCAGCUCCCCAUUACUCUUCUUUGUCGCACUCGGUUUUGGUGUUGUGUUCACAAACUUAUGGAUCAUUGUAGGCGUGAAGUAUUGUUUCCGAUACAACCAACGGAAUCGGGCAAGACUUGCUGGAGAUGACCCAGAUGCAGUCGACCUCGCGGCGAUGCCUCGUCAAAGACGACGACGUGAAAAGAAGUUGAUGACGAUGGAAGAAGUGAACGAAAAGUUUCCUCUUACCAAGUACAAAACAUGGCGAUCUACCCGUGCUGAAGAAGGAUUACCCACUGCUGGAGGAAUCACUACUGCACCAAGUCGCCCGGCAAGUGUCAAGAAUCUGCCCAGGGUCUCCGAGGAUGAGAACAGAAAUGCGCCACCGACUAGCACCUCAGAAGCAAUGAAGGAGAAGACAAGUCCAAGCGAGCCUAGUUCACCUGUCACGUUACGACACGACAACCCGCCGAGCAAGACCGAUGCUGACAAUCUAGUAAAUGAGACUACAACUACACCAGCAAUUAAGACAAAUGCUGAUGACGAGGACGAAGCUGCAGAUCAAAUACAAACUGCUAUACCUGCCGAACAGCUACCAGACCCUGGUGAUACCUGCGCUAUUUGUAUUGAUGUACUUGAGGACGAUGAUGAUAUCCGCGGUUUGAUUUGUGGCCACGCUUUCCAUGCAUCGUGUGUUGACCCAUGGCUCACAUCUCGGCGAGCCUGUUGCCCGUUGUGCAAAGCAGAUUAUUACACUCCAAAGCCUCGCCCAGAAGGAGAAACUGAAGAUAUACGGCGUCGACCUACUCGUGAAGAAAUGGCUCAGAUGGCCAUGUUCGGAGCCAGAAGAGGUCGCGGUCCGCCAAUGACGGUGUUUGGUCGCCAUUUCAUGAAUGAUUUCAAUGAUCAACGACAGAACUCUCGAGUGUCAACAAAUACUCGAGGCCGUGAGCAGAGCGAGGCAACAAUCCAAGGCGGCGUCACGGAACAAGCUCAACAACAACGCACAUGGCGCACGAGGUUAAACCUACCACGAUUGCCUGCGAUCUCUCGUAUACGCAAUGGUGCCGCCACUGAACAGAGGCAGCAGCCGACGACCCCAGCACAACUAGAAGCUGGACAAAAUAGGUAG